CUCACACACACGGACGCACACACACGCACAAACACUCUCACUCACUUUACCCAGCGCCAACAAUCCAAGAAACUAAUACUGGUCUGUUUACCCGCGUUUGAGUGCCUAAAACUAUGCCUUGACGCAACUUAGUAACCCUGCCGGAGUCCGGGGAAGCUGGAGCAGCGAAACGGGAAAGUUGGGAAGUAAUCGGUGAAGUUUUACGCUAUUCCCGUGCAGGAGGAGCGCAUCGAGCCAUAAUGGCGAGUCGGUCGCGGACAGGAUCUCGAUUCUCCUUCGCGGCGUGGAGCAAACACUCCCGACCAAACUGGAAUAACCUGGAGAUCUCAAAGUGGAGCCUAGUCACCCUGCUGGUGUUCGCUUGUGGUGGAUUUUGUGGCGCGGAUAGUGAAUUUUCGAUCCUGGAAGAGGCUCAAGUUUUGGCAGUGCAGAUGAAGAAGCUUUCGACUCAGGAGCUCGGUGUUCUCACCAUGCAGAGAAUCUUCAACUCCUUUGUUUAUACAGAGAAGACUUCAAAUGGUGAAACAGAGGUGCAGCAGCUAGCGAAAAAGAUCCGAGAGAAGUUUAACCGGUACCUGGAUGUGGUGAACAGGAACAAGCAGGUGGUGGAAGCUUCAUACACGGCCCACCUCACCUCACCUCUCACAGCCAUACAGGACUGCUGCUCCAUCCCUCCCUCCAUGAUGGAGUUUGACGGUAAUUUUAAUGCCAAUGUUUCCAAGACCAUCAGCUGUGAUCGUCUCUCCCCUACUGUCAAUAGCAGAGCUUUCAACCCAGGAAGAGACCUCAACUCUGUGCUGGCAGACAACCUGAAGUCCAAUCCAGGGAUCAAGUGGCAGUACUUCAGCUCAGAGGAGGGUAUUUUCACUCUGUUUCCUGCUCACAAGUUCCACUGCAAGGGCACAUUUGAGCACAGGAGCAGGCCUGUGUACGUCGCGGCAGUAAGGCCACAAUCCAAGCAUAUUGUGGUGAUUAUAGACCAUGGUGCUUCUGUCACCGAAACCCAGCUCCAGAUUGCUCGAGAUGCUGCGCUGGUCAUCCUCAACUCUAUCGACGAACAUGAUAAAAUCUCAGUGUUGACGAUAGCAGAUACUGUUCGCUCCUGCUCUCUGGAUCAGUGCUAUAAGAGCUUCCUCUCACCUGCUACCAGUGAGACUAAGAGGAAGAUGAGCACCUUCAUCAGCAACAUUAAAGCUUCUGAAAGCUCUACCCAGCAUGCAGUGGGCUUCCAGAAGGCCUUUCAGUUGUUGAGGAACACAAGCAACGUCACCAGACAGCUGACUAACACAGACAUGAUGAUAAUCUACCUGUCGUCGGGCAUCACCUCCCGAGACUCAUCUGAGCAUGAAAAGAGAGCAACUCUGAGCGCAGUGAAAGAGGAGAACCGGCACCUCAACAACUCCGUCAUGAUCCUCACGUACGCUCUCAUGAACGAUGGAGUGACUGGACUGAAGGAGCUGGCAUUCUUGCGAGACCUGGCUGAGCAGAAUUCCCUGAAGUACGGCGUUCAGGACCGAUCUGCACUGCCCGUGGUGAAGGGAAGUAUGAUGGUUCUGAACCAGCUCAGUAAUCUGGAGACCACCGUGGGCCGCUUCUACAUCAACCUCCCCAACCGAAUGAUCGACGUGGCCACCUUCAGCUUGCCUUAUGCGGACCAGAUGGGAGACGGUUUCAUCAUGACCGUGAGCCGGCCGUGCUACUUUGGUAACUUGUUGCUGGGUGUAGUUGGAGUGGAUGUGAACCUGGCAUACAUACUGGAGGACGUUACCUACUACCAGGACUCUCUGGCCUCAUAUACAUUCCUUAUAGACAAUAAAGGCUACACUCUCAUGCAUCCGUCACUCACCCGUCCUUACCUGAUGACUGAAGCUCCUCUCCAUACAGACAUCAUCCACUAUGAGAACAUCCCAGGGUUUCCUGUUGUGCGUCAGAACAUCCUCAGUCUGCCUCUGGGGAGUCAGGUCAUUGCUGUGCCUGUCAACUCUUCUCUGUCUUGGCACAUGAACCGCCUGCGUGAUCCCAAUCGAGAUGCCUACAAUGUUAGCUAUGCUUGGAAACUGGUUCAGGACACUUCGUUUAUCCUCUGCAUAGUUUAUGUUCAGCCGGAGAUCCCGGUGAAGCAGCUGAAAAAUCUGAACACAGCCCCCAGCAGCAAACUCCUCUACCACCGCCUGGAUCUGCUGGGGCAGCCCAGCUCCUGCCUUCACUUUAAACAGCUCGCUACAGUCGAGAGCCCUACGGUGAUGUUGUCCGCUGGUAGUUUCUCCUCUCCCUAUGAGCAUUUGAGUCAACCAGAGACCAAGCGUAUGGUGGAGCACUACACUGCUUACCUGAGCGACAACACAAGACUUAUAGCCAACCCUGGCCUGAAGUCUUCUGUGAGGAAUGAGGUGAUGGCCACCAGCCACGUGACUGAUGAAUGGAUGAGCCUUAUGGAGAUGAGCAGCCUCAACUGCUACAUUGUGAGGCGUUACAUAGCAACGCCCAAUGGGGUGCUGCGGAUUUACCCCGGUUCACUCAUGGACAAAGCCUUCGAUCCCACCAGGAGGCAAUGGUACCUACAUGCUGUAGCCAAUCCUGGUCUCAUCACUUUUACUGGACCUUACCUGGAUGUUGGUGGGGCAGGUUAUGUGGUCACCAUUAGCCACACCAUCCACGCCCCUAGUUCCCAAAUGGCCUCCGGUUACACAGUAGCGGUAAUGGGCAUCGACUUCACCCUGCGCUACUUCUACAAAGUUCUGUUGGAUCUUCUGCCCAUCUGCAACCAGGACAAAGGCAACAAAAUUCGGUGUUUUAUCAUGGAGGACAGAGGCUAUUUGGUGGCCCAUCCGACACUGAUUGAUCCAAAGGGUCACGCUCCCGCAGAACAACAGCAUAUUACGCAUAAGGAGCCUCUAGUGGCCAAUGAUAUUCUUAACCACCCCAACUUUGUGAAGAAAAACCUGUGUAACAGUUUCAGCGAUCGCACCGUGCAGCGUUUCUACAAGUUCAACACCAGCAUUGUGGGUGAUCUGACGAACCUUGUGCAUGGCAGUCACUGCUCAAAGUACCGGCUCACCCGUAUCCCAGGAACCAAUGCUUUUGCUGGUAUUGUGAAUGAGACGUGUGAUGCACUGGCCUUCUGUGCUUGCAGUACUGUGGAUCGUCUCUGCCUUAACUGCCACAGAAUGGAGCAGAAUGAAUGCGAGUGCCCCUGUGAAUGCCCUCUAGAGGUGAACGAGUGUACUGGCAACCUCACCAACGCUGAGAACAGAAAUCCGAGCUGUGACGUGCACCAGGAGCCUUUGUCUUUGACUGUAAUUGAGCCCAGUCUACAGGAUACUCUGCCUCAGUGCAUCAACACCAGAUGCAGCCAGCGCUUCACCAGCAGUGACUGUUUUGGUGUUCUGGACUGUGAGUGGUGUAUGGUGGAUAGCGAUGGAAAGACUCACCUGGAUAAGCCUUACUGUGCCCUGCAGAAGGAGUGUUUUGGAGGCAUAGUGGGCGCCAAGAGUCCUUAUGUGGAUGGAAUGGGCAUUUUAGAUGAGGAGUUGGCUUCUCUGAACAUGAUCAAGAGUGCUCCUGUGGGCCCUGUGGCAGGAGGGAUUAUGGGAUGCAUCAUGGUUCUGGUGUUGGCCGUUUAUGCCUACAGGCACCAGAUCCAUCGUCGCAGUCAUCAGCACAUGUCACCGCUGGCUGCACAGGAAAUGUCUGUGCGGAUGUCCAACCUGGACAACGAGCGAGAUGACAGAGAUGAAGACAGCCAUGAAGACAGAGGAAUAAUCAGCAACACUCGAUUCAUUGCUGCAGUUAUUGAGAGGCACACACACAGUCCAGAACGACGGCGGAGAUACUGGGGCCGGUCAGGGACUGAAAGUGACCACGGUUACAGCACCAUGAGCCCUCAGGAGGACAGUGAGAACCCGCCCUGCAAUAACGAUCCUCUCUCAGCGGGCGUUGAUGUGGGCAAUCACGACGAGGACCUUGACCUGGACACUCCUCCACAGACAGCCGCUCUUCUCAGCCACAAAUUCCACCCCUAUCGGCACCCCCACACGCACCACCCUCUGCAUCUGCACACACACCACCUCCAGGCCGCCGUCACCGUUCACAGUGUGGACGCCGAGUGCUGAUCCUGCCCACCCGUGACCUCAGAACCAACCCCCAACCCUGCCUUCACCACCACUAAUACCCAACACCAACCAACCCUUCAAGAAGAGGAGAGGAACUGAACUCCUUGCUCCCCUUGAGGUGCUUGUUGACCAUAUAGGCGAACGUUUGACCUCUGUAGAGGUUACGCGGGAGUGGAUUUGGCAGGUACAUACGAUACAGUUUUGUUUUUUUCAGAAAACAUUGAAGAUGAAAGGAUUAUUUUUCUACUAUUUAUUUAACAGGAGAUAAAUGAAUGAAAAAAAUAAGAUUGACUGAAUCUGUCAGCUUUUCUAUCAAGCCCGUAGAGGUCGAUUUAGUACUCAGCCCUGGUUUUGUCCUCAACUAGACUGCACAGCAGCUUUUGAAGGAUUCAAUUCAUGGCACAUUUUGAAUUUCUCGUGGGGAGAGUAAACAAAACAUAUCAAGGAACAAUAGAUGCGAAUGCCACAUCAAGGAGAUGUGAAAAUGUGGCGUAUUCUUGAGGAGCUGUCACUCUCUGGAUUGUUUUUGGUUCCUUUUUUAUGGUAAAUCUCUAGACAAUGUUCAGUGUGACCAAGGUGUCGGGCUCCAAACCCAGUGUGAGACUUUUUUAUUAUUUUAAAAGAUGACUGGGAGAGAAGACUAUGCUCAGUCCUGCCACUGUGUGUAAAAGCUCUCGUCGUGUUUCUGAUUAUUUUACAUUUGGUGUACGAGAGAAUGAGAGAAGCCGAGUGUGCAUGUUUUGGUGCUUGUGUAGGUAAUUGUGUGUGUGUGUGUGUGUGUGAACGCGAUUGGAUGUUUGAUGGUACAGAUGGAUCGUCUCCAUUAAUGGUGUCUUCUUUUUUUUUUAAGUCAUUAGUCAGUAUUGAUGGAAUGCCAUGACAUUUUUCAGAUCCUUCUAAACCCAUGUGCACUUUUUUUUUUCUCAGCUGCUCGUCUGCUGAUAUGUAGACAUCGUGCUCCUAUGAUUUUAGAGGGAUUGUGUCUAUUGUUUUCAGAAUGAAAUGAUAUACCAUGUAUAUACAUCUAAAGUUUAACAAAGUAGCUAUAAAUGUGUCAUACACUACAAACCUUU